AUGUCCAAAGGCAGCGCCGCCCUCCUCGCCGCCCUGGCCAACCGGCGCUCCUACUACGCGUUGCGCCGCGAAUCCCCCAUCGCCGACAGCAAAAUCCAGUCCAUCCUCGGCUCGGUCAUGCUCAAAACGCCGUCGGCAUUCAACUCGCAGACCACGCGCACAAUCCUUCUCCUCAACCAAGAACAUGAGAAGCUCUGGAACAUCACCAAGGACGUGCUGUUGGCGCGUAUCGGACCCGAGCGAUUCAAGCCAACCGGGGCGAAGCUGGACGGCUUCAAGGCGGCGUACGGCACCGUGCUGUUCUACGAAGAUCAGCCUGUGGUGGAGGACCUGAAGGCGAAGUUCCCCCUCUAUGCGGAGAACUUUGAGCCCUGGUCAGAGCAUACGAGUGGUAUGCACCAGUUAAUGGCGUGGGUUGCGUUGGAGGAGGAGGGAUUCGGUGCCAAUUUGCAGCAUUAUAACCCUAUCAUUGAUGAGAAGGUGGCGGCCAACUGGAAUGUCCCGGCGAGUUGGAAGCUGAGGGCGCAGCUUGUGUUUGGUGUGCCGGAGGGAGAGAGGCCCGCGGAGAAGGAGAAGAUGCCGCUGGGCGAGUUGAUGAAGGUGUAUGGGGCUAAGAUUUGA